AUGCGACUUAUCAACGUCGAAACUCUCGAGUUAGAGUCUUUCACAGGUGAACAUGGAGCCUCAAUACCAACAUAUGCAAUCCUAUCUCACGUAUGGACGUCCGAGGAAGUGUCGCUACAGCAAAUGAGUAGACUAAGCCCUCUUCCAGAAGAGUCAAAAGGCUACAGAAAGAUCGUUGACUUUUGUGCAAAGGUGAAAGCUGAGGGAUUUGAGUACGGCUGGAUCGACACCUGUUGCAUAGACAAGACGUCUAGCGCCGAGCUAUCAGAGGCGAUUAACUCAAUGUUCCAGUGGUAUCGGAAGUCUGCAGCGUGCUAUGUCUUUCUGAAUGAUGUCAGCUCCGCCGAGAACCCAAGAUUAUCAGGCUCGAGAUUCCGCAAGAGCCGAUGGUUCACACGCGGAUGGACUCUCCAGGAGCUCCUUGCGCCGCACGAAGUGAUCUUUCUCGCUGACGACUGGCGUGAAAUUGGUACCAAGGCCAGCCUAAGCGCCACUGUCUCAGAUAUCACCAAGAUUGAUGUAGCUACUUUGGUGAAGCAAACCUGGUCACAUGUUAGCAUCGCUGGGGUCAUGUCCUGGGCAUCAAUGCGGCAAACCACGAGAUUAGAGGACCAAGCCUACUCUCUCAUGGGUCUAUUCGAUGUUAACAUGCCCUUGAUCUACGGCGAAGGCCCCAAAGCUUUCUAUCGGCUCCAGGUCGAGAUUAUGAAGGCAACAAACGAUGACUCUUUAUUCGCUUGGUCCACAGAACCCCUCGAAGAUUGCGGAUACUCCCCAAAUGAGGGAGCAUCAACGAGAGGUUUCCGAUUUCUCGGAUUACUAGCUCCAUCGCCGGCUUGUUUCAGAGACUCUCAUGACAUAAGGGCGCCUCGAGACAUUUCCCGAAGUCACGUGCCGCAAUACGACUUGAUCAAGCAGGAUAUCAGUCUUUCGGCGGUGGUAGUUCGGCUUUGCUCUCUACCAGCUGACCCCAAGCAACUUGGAGAUAUCGACCGGGUCGAUGUUGUCGGCACACUGCGGUUCUCGAAUAACGUGAGGGCAGUGGACCAUGGACUCGUUAUCACGCCCGCAAGACGAGACGCAAAGGGGAUCAAGAUAAUGUGCUUGGUUGCGGUUCUACGAUGUUGGAAUAAAGACGGCUACAUUGGCAUCCCUAUCAAGCGUUUGGCAUCUGGCGCUUAUCAGAGGGUCGAAAAUGGACACAGAUGUCGUUGGUUCAAGGUUCGCUUGAUGCCUUUACGACUGACACUGAAGAGCGAAGAAGAAAGAGCUCCAGAUGAAUCAGAAUACACUCUCAGGCAAUUUGAUUCUGAGAGUAGGGAGAAAGGGCCACCUGCUGAUCCCCCGGAAACCAUUCUCGUGAGGGCCUAUGUACCAUUAGACUUGCCAUCGAACGGCACAUACGCUUCUGCUCAGACCAGCCGCCACCGUGCACCACUUCAGUUCCGCUCACUGCCUAUCAAUAAUGGCUAUUACAAGCUACACGCUGACACUGCUGAUAACUCUGUAACAUUAAUGCCCGAGUUGCGGUCCCGUCCUCAUAUCAUCGAGAGUAUCAAUGGACGCAUCAAUACUCUACCUGAAACGAGCAUCGUGUUUUGCCCAAUUGCAGAAGAUAGCGGUCUUCCAACUUUCACGAUACACACUAGAAUGAUAGAAAGGCCUCAUGGCAUCCAACUUGGGUGCAUGAUUGGAAGUGACCAAGACCGAGAUGAGAUGAUGGAUGCUGAGUUCACCGACAUUGACAUGAAAACCAUCUCCACCACGAUAUCUCUCACAGCGAACCUGUCCCUCGUGUUCAGAGUGAGACGGGGUCUUCCCCAGGAUACGACUUGUUACUUGAAUGUGAGCAUUGAGGAGCAGUUGCCGUGGGCAGAAGAUGUAGAACAUUGGCCAGCUACGCUUGGAGACAAGAGUCUGUCUAGCUCAGAGAUGUCUCUCAAUCGCACCUUCACAGACAAUUCAAUAUGA